CAACAAUUUGGUGUGAAAAAUAAAUACAUGAUUUGUUAUAUAUAUGCAUUACUAUAACAUGUUAUUUGUAACAAUACACAUCAAAAUCACAUUUGCUAUACCUAACUCUCUAAUUGCUAAACAGACAAAACAUCAACGUAAAAAAGGGGGAUAUAUUCAGAAGUCUGUAUUUUUAAUGUGUUUUAAAGACAUCUUGCAAAAGGGGAGCCUCGGUCAAAUGUUAAUGCCAUUUAGGGGGCCUUGCCCUGGAAAACUUUUGGGCACCCAGAUAUAUAGAUAUAGACUGAUAUAGACUAUAAGUUUAAUUAUAAUGCCUCCAUUCUGCUUUUAGCAGGGGCUCAAGAGAAGUAAAGCCAUAAUGAAGUGACCAAGGGCGGCUGUGUUGGAUAAUUUUAGCCCGCAGUCAGCAGGAGGCGCAGUGUGGAUGCAGGAGAAGCGGGAUGCAGGUGGAGACUGAUGAUGAUGAUGAUGAUGUGGGGAAGAGGAUGGAGGAGGAGGAGGAGGACCAUACCCGAUCUGACAACACCGAGUUCCUUCUGUGCAUGCCAGAUCUGUAACCCAACGCUGGCUGUCGUGUCCACGGAGGUCGCGGGAUUUUGAUAACGUCGGAUUUGUUCAGCUCGGAUAAAUAAAACCGCAUCGUGUCGCUGUGGGAUUCGGUUUCAGCGCAGAGGGAUGCAGUGCUCCUAAGCGCUUAUUAUGCAGGCUAUACGAGGGAGUGCAUGCACAGCGCUGCACAACGCUUCGUCAAAUUAUCAGCGAGCUGAAAGCUCACCAUGGUGGAUCCAUUGGAACCCGAGGACCAGAAUAAGAUCAGAUGCUCGUAUCUUGAGACCCCAGCUGCAGCACCUGAAGCCCCCUGUCUACCUGAGCAGGAUGAAGAUGGGGAAAAGGAAAAGACUACUUGUGACUCUCAAGAACAAGAACCCACAGUUGAGCCUGAACAGAUCCCUCAAGGUAGCCAGUUACAGAACAGUGAACCUGAACAUCCUAAGAUACAUCUAGACCUUUACAACUUUGAUUCCCCAGCUGCAGAAGGUAGCCGUUAUGUGCUGACCAGCCCUCGUUCACUCGAGGCAUGCGCACGAUGUGGAGUCAAACCAGUGGAACUUCUGCCUCGAUCGCUGUCUGAUUUUGCACGUGAGGCACCUGGCCAUAGUAUGCGUGUAGCCACAGGCAUGUUUGAAGUGUAUGAGAAGAACAGACAUGGUAAACUCAGACAGUGCAGAGAGGAACGAGAAAGAAUAGUUCAAGAGGAGAAAAGAAGGGGCCUCCAGGCAGCAGUGAACAACAGCAGCAGAUCACAGGAUUCAGAAAAGCCUCAAGAUACAACCAGCACUGGAGUGACUAAGCAAACCAGUCAUGGUUCUCUUACCUCUGGUCCCAUCGCCAAAAAGUCACCUUCUAGCAGUGGUCCAUCAAAACCACAUAGUACACCAACUUCACAGCCCGUCUCAAAAAAUAUAUCUCAGUUCUCAGGCCAAUUAGCAAAAACAUCCCCUUCAUGUGCAAGUUCAUCUACUAAACCAAUUUUAGCUCAAUCCUUAACAGCAAGUCCAGUGAGCAGUGGGCAUACAGUUAGAGGAACAUCUGUAAAAGAGUCUAAAUUACUCGCUGCUGAGCCUGCUGGAAGAUCUCAAGGAUCCAUAUCUCCAAAAUCAUCGACAACGGGAACACCAGUAUCCAAAAAAACAUCCAGUACCCUAAAAAAGUCUGCAAACACAUUCCCUAGGUCAACACCAAAGCCUUCCUCCUUUCCAAGGAUGUCAUCAUCUCUUGCGCCAGUUGUAUCAAAAUCGGCAGCGCAAAGCCCUGCCAAUGGCAUCACUAGUCCAUUCACUCAGCACAAUGGGCACAUUAUGUUCAUGUCAAAAGCCAGAGAAAGAAGCCAUUCUUUAGAAUCAUUACAAAGAAGAAGGGAAGUGGUUAGCUCUUCUAAUACUUCAACCACUACUACAACAGCAACAACAACCACGUGUGCCUCUUCAGAGUCCGCAUCCUCCUCUUACAGCUGGGAAGGGGUACGGGAUCAAUGGGGUAAGACCUCUAGUCCUCGUGCUCGUACCUUAGCUACCUUUAACUCUCUGAUGGGCCGAAGCUUAAGCUUGGGAGAUCUGAGUCACUCUCCGCACACUACACAGAAGGUAGAUCGCAUUGUAAAAGAGGUAAAGCGGCGAGGGCUCAAGGCUGUACCAGAACGUGACCGCAAGAUUGCAGCAUUAAUGCUAGCCAGGUACCAGGAAGAAGAUAUUAUGAGUCAGACACGCUACGUUGCCCAUUUGCAGUGGGACAGUGAACGCCGGAUAGAGGAGCUGCGGCGUGAACGUGAAGAGCGGGAUAAACAGCGAGUGGUGCUUCAGUGCCAGCGAGCAUGGCAGUCACAAGUUUCCACCAGGCAGCGGAGACUCAGCCAGCAGGAACGGGAGGCAGCAGCGGCCAAGUUACGUCGGGUGGCUGAAAGUGAAGAGCGCUGGCGGGAAUUAUCUGAGCAACAAGAGCGAAGCAGGCUGCAAAAACUUCAGCAGGCUGCUCGUGAGGAGAAGCUGAAGAAGGCCAUGCAAGAGCAGAACUUAAAAAUGUUGGAAGAAGAGCGGGCUGCUAUGGUGGAGCAUGAGAAGCUGCUCAUCAAAGAGAAACUAACCAUUGCAGAGUUGAAGAGGCAGGAGCGAGAGCACCGUGUGCUAGAGGAGCUUCGUGGCCUCAAUCGCGCUGAAAAGAGGCGGCAUACAGCACUCAUCCAGGAGAUUGAGCGCCGCGAAACAGACGAGCGUGAGGAAACACGUAGGACAGCAGAAGAGAAGCUAAGCCGCUCACUGGAGAACUAUGAGCAGAUACAGGAACGACGUGGACAAGAGCUGCGGGAGAAAGCCAAGCGUGAAGAACAGCAGAUCCAGAAAGCCAGAAAGGCUGCUGAGCAGCGCGAGCGGCAACAGAAAGAGCAGAUGGAGGCCCGGGCGAGGGAAGCAGCGAAGCGGGCACAUCAGGCCGUUGUGGUGGCAGAGGAGAGGGCCCGAGAAAAAGCCCAGCGAGCUGUCCAGAGCAGACUGGAGAAGGAGCGCCUUCAGAGACUAAAUCGUCAGAAAGUGGAGGAGGAGGAGAAGCAGAGGCGCCUGGAGUUGCUCCAAUCAAUAGAGCGCAAGCUAGAGAAAAGUGAACAGAUAUUCCGUGAAAAACGGGCUGUGUUAGAAAGUGCCCGCUCAGUAGCACGUGCCUCCUUCCAUGUCCGGGACCGUGUGCGAGAAGAGACCAACAUGCGCACCUUUGACAAGAUGGUCCUGGAAGCACAGUUAAAGGCUAGUUUGGAUGAAAAGUGAGAUGUUUACUUACAUUUACCUACGACUGGAAAUGAGCAGCUUGAGCCUCCAUGGCCGCCUCAUCACAGAACUGGACCCACAGCUUUGCUGAAACAUAUCUCCUCAUGGGAUCAUGUUUCUUUUCCAACUGUUGAGCCAUUCAUCAUGAACGAAAUACAUUUCUCUUUGUUUUGCCACUGGUGGUUAUGUGUGAAUGAGUCACUUGCAAUGGUAUGCCUGUUUCGUAACAUGCCAAAUAGCCAAACUUAUCUGAAGACUGUUCAUAAAAAUUUUAUUGUUUACUAAAUAGCAAGUCACCAUUUAAUCACUUAUGACUUAUUUUGGUAGACCCAAACAAAGGAGAGUGCAGAGUGCUUCAUAAUAUAGAACUGGGUGCAUGAUAUUGUUAGAAGUCCCAAUCUGACACCUGCUGACGCUGAACCAGGACUUGCCUAUGUGUGAUAGACAAUGCUGACAGAGCAGGGUUUACGUGAAGACGUGGCAAAGAGUGAUCUCAGCAGAGUUCAGCUGCUGAUGAAGCAGUGAAGUGUUUGGUUCAGCAUCAGGAUCCAUGAACCUGCGCUGACAUUCUGCAUUCUCUCACAAUCAGGUCAUAUGUUUAUGUAGGUCUGGAGAUGAUGAAGGUGGCAUCCUUCGUGAGCUGCAGAUUGUUCCCAAUAAAUUGCACAAGAAUGCUGGUACCUGCAAUCUCACAUUCUUCUCCAAUUUAACAGUGAUUAGGAUACGUGUGAUUUUAAUAAGCAUUAAAAUAGUUUAUUUUCUGAUGUACAGCUACAGUGUCAGGAAUGGAGAAAAUUUUUUUAAUGAGAUGGCAAUAAUGAACAGCCAUCUCAUUAUCAUUCACUGACACAUAUCAAUGCUGGAUUUCUGUUUCUGUUGUAAAGAUGGCCAACUAAAGGAAAAAUAGUGCUAUUUGGCUAAAUAAAUAAAUAAAUAAAUAAAAAUAGGAUACUGUGAAAUUAAUCUUAGUUUCAUAUUGUACAUCAUGCUUGCGCUGUUUCAAUUUAGAUUGCCAAUACAGAGUAUUUUCAUUGGAUAAAAUUAAAAUGUGAACAUCAAUCAUCUGAACAUCUUGUAUUAAUUAAGUAAAAUAGAGUAAAACCCACAAGUUAAAUGAUUAUUGGCUGUUGUAUUCUCAUAAUGAUUCUUUUUUUUUUUGUGAGGAUGUAGUAUGUGUCAUUGACUAGUACAAUAAAUGAUUUGCUCUAACAGUAACCCUGAAAUGCUGUUAGUUACAGCACAGCAGUAUUAUGUUCAUGUGUGUGUAUCAGUUAAGUGUAUUUUUAGUCCAUCACCACAUUUUCAAACUCACGAGACUUAAAAUAUUAAACUCUCACAAGAAGAAGAAAUCGAAGCUGUUGGGUGUGCACAAACAAAACUAAACAGACUGAUCUGUUUAAAACAUGUGAUCUAACCUGCUUACAACAGUAGUUUUUGUGAAUAGGGUGCUGUAUGAACGAUUAAAGAAAAUAAAGUCUGAACUUUUCAAUGAGUGGUAUUGUGUCCAGUCCAUUUUUAAAAAAAAUAAAAGUUUAUUUAUCUGA